AGUCCUGGUUCGGUCCUGGUCCCUGCAGUCCCCCGCUCCUCCCGGAGGCUGACGCGGUUUGUUGACUUCAGCUGUACGCUUCGGGGCGAUGUCAGGUGGAUGUGUUCCAAGUGAUGCCCCGGUGCUGUGGAUUCUUCUGCCCGGACUCCAGAGCCUCUUUCCUGGCCUGUAGAGCCCCGGGACCCCGCUGAACCCACCCGGACCUUCCAGGACCCUCCCGGACCCUCCAGAGCCGCGUGGCCCUCGUCAUGGCGUCAACCCAGGAUUCAGUUCUGAGGGAAUUCUGUCCCCUGUACUACCUCCUCAACGCCAUCCCCGCCAAGGUCCAGCGUGGGUUCCGGUCGGUCCUGGUCUACCUCACGGCGGUGGAUUGUAGUCCGGACUUCGUUGCUGUGGGCAGCAGCAUCGGCAUGUUGUACCUGUACUGCAGACGCCAGGGUCACAUGACCAAGUACAGCAUUGAGGGUAAGUUGGACUCGCUGACAGCCGUGAAGCUGCUUUCCUGUUUUGACGAUCUGGUUGCCGUGGGAACAGCGUCAGGGCGGGUUGCUGUGUUCCAGCUCGUCUCACCUUUGCCUGGACGCAACAAACAGUUGCGCCGCUUCGAUGUCCAGGGCCUUCACCGCGGUCCGGUCACCGCUUUGGCCUGGAGCACCAACGGCAUGAAGCUCUUCUCUGGAGAUGAUAAAGGACGAGUUGUCUUCACUGCCAUAGACCUAGACCAGGGUGAGUGUCGGCCCAUGCUGGUUUUGGAGGAGUCUUCGGCCGUGGUCCAGAUCCAGUACCGCUCCCAAGUUCUGCUCGUGUCCACACUUCACCGGACCCUCCUCCACCACCAGACCCUCCUCCAGAAUCCAGACCAGAACCAGGACCAGAACCCCGCCACCAAGACCAUCGGCACCCAGCCCCGCAAGAGCAGUGGUAGAUUUGGCGCGUGCUUCCUCCCCUCUCUGUGUAAGCAGAGUGAUCUUCAGGUGUUUGCUGCUCGUCCUGGACUCAGACUCUGGAGGUCCAAUGUGGAGGGAGACGUUCAAGAGACACGUCUGCUCAAAGGGCUCUUCAGCCAACAGGUCCCGGGGUUAGCGCUGUUCCCUCGGCCGUCCUCCUCAGGCGGCUGCACUCCCUCAGAGAGACAGCUGGGGGUGCUCUGCUGCUUCCAUCAGAACUGGCUGCUGAGCUGGAAUGAGUACAGUCUCUACGUCCUGGACUAUAGCACCCAGGAGCUGGUGGGGGUGCUGGAGUCCAGUGGAGACCUGGUCUCUGUGUCCUGUUCUGAAAAUGAGAUCUUCCUCCUGAAAGGCGACCGUGACAUCAUCCGCCUGUCCACUACCCCCGAGGGAGUACCUCACAAUUCGGAUCUGUCGGGGCGGAUGACAUCACCUCUGACCACGCCGCUGACCCCAACCUUCCUGCCCCCCACCGGCGCUGUGGAGACUGCUCAGCCAAUCAGAACACUCCCUAUCAUCACAGAGGGCGGGGCCGAGGACAGAGGAGACGAGGAGACAGGAGAGGAGGCAAGAGAGGAGGGGGCGGAGCUUCUCUCACGCAGCCGCAGCAGCUCGGUGACAUCGUCAGUGACAUCACAUGACAGUCCCAGAUACUGUGCUCCCAUUGUUCAGGAGCAACAUUCAGCCCUGCCCACAGAUCCUAAAUACUGCGCUCCCAUUGGCCAGGAGCAGCCGGAGCUCGUAGUGACGGCAGUGAGACUGAAAAGGAGACGCAGACGCCGUCGAGACAGUGGAACUGGCCAGUCGGAGGACAGCUGUUCAGACUCUUUCUUCCCAUUGGAUGACUGUGGCAGUGAAGGAGGAAGUGACAGGACCUCCCUCUAUGGACCAGAGCCAGACCAGGACCAGACCGAGUCCAGCUCCCUGCAGCCCCCCAACUCUUUGCCCCUGACCUCCCCAGACCCAGGACCAGGAUCUGAAUUGGACCGCAGGGGAUCUAACACGGAUCUGGCUCAGACCUCAAGACCACAUCUAGACCCAGUGCCUCAGACUCCAGAUGUGGACCUUCUGUUGGAGUGCACCUUCUCUUAUCAACACAGCCAGGACCCUCCAUUAGACCAGAUGCCCUCCCAGCUCUGCCCCGACGACCUGUUCAUGAGAGCUGAGUCGGGACAAGACCAGGAUAUGAACCAGAACCUGAAGGCCCCAUGUGCAGAGGAGCAGAUGUUUUACUCCACCGUCUCUGUACUGGAACCACACCCCUGUGUCUCCAGUGACGAGGAGGACAUCUACAGCACAGCGCCCCCUGUUUGUCACCAGGAUGGCCUGAGCCAACCCACCAAUCAGGAGCCAGAGACUACUGAGCAAUCAGAGCAGAGAGAGAGGCCCCAGGAGCCCCUGUCUGAGAGCUGGAUGUGCUACAGCGGGCCAGGCUCUGGAAUCCUGCGCCUGCAGGUCACCGACAGAUAUCUCUGGUGUCUGGACUUUAAAGGAGGACUGUUCUUCUCUCCUCUCUCUGAGACGGGACUCAACUGGCAACGCUUCGAGGAGAACGUCCACCAGGCAGCGCUGUCGCCCUCGGGGGCUCUGCUGUGGAAGGUGGAACAGCGCUCCCUCGUGGCAUUGGCGUGCUCUCGGGCGGCAGGGGGGCGGAGACACUGGUACAAGGCGCUGGAGCAGGCCGUCUACGUGGACCUGAGUGAGGACUCGGCCUGGAUCAUCCGGACCAACGGUGACCUGUACUUGCAGACAGGUCUUAGCCCGGAACGUCCCUGCUCGCGCUCCGUGAGGGUGGAGACUCCCGGUGUGUUCGUGCAGGUGUGUGUGGGAGGUGGCGUGGUCUGGGCCCUCACUGAACACAAGGCCGUGUUCUACAGAGAAGGACUCAACAGUUUCUGCAGUGAAGGAGAGAGAUGGGUCCAGGACACAGUCAGUGAGGCCCAGGGAGUGGAGCCGGUUUGCUUGGCACUUGGACCGGGUCUGGUCUGGGCUCUGGACUCUGAGGGAAGUUUGUGGUUCAGAACCGGGAUAAGUCCAACAAGACCCCAGGGCACCGACGACCACUGGUGGGAGGUUCGUAUCUGGGACUAUGCGGCAUUGGACCAGGGUAGUCUGUUCCAUUCGCUCUGGUCUGGUUCUGGGCUUGGUUCUGGACUAGGGUCUGGACUCGGUUCAGGUCUUGGUCUCAGGGGGGGUCCUGUUGACCGCGUGGUGUCCUUCCUGUCCCAGUCCUCUCAGGUCCAGCCGGCUCUGAUCUGUACCGGAGCCUCUGGAGUCUGGGUUGGAUCCGCCCGGAACCGAGUUCACCAUCACCACAGUGGCAGGAUCACAGGGACGUUCUGGCAGACUCUGGUUCCUCGAGGAACUGUGUCAUCCACAAAAUGGAGCUUCAUCACCUCCUCCUCCGUCCACCCCCCCAGUACAGGUUCGUUCCUGUGGUUGGCUCAGAGUCGUAGAGACCUGUUCUGUGUUUGGGACCAAGAUGGAGAACUGAGGCCGUCCUCUGUGCCACUGCCUCCUGAGGUGGAGCUGUGUCAUGUCUCGUCCUGUAGAGAUGCACUCUGGGCUCUGGACGCUCACGGCCAAGUUCUGAUCCGGACUCUGACCCAGGCCUGUCCUUCAGGUCUCACCUGGAGUCUGCUGGACCUCAGCCAGUUAGGAGGAGUCCGCUUGGUGUCUGUAUCCUGUGGCUCUCAGCACGUUUGGGCUCUGGACUCCAGAGGUCUGGUCUACUUCAGAGUCGGGACUCAACCCCUCAACCCCAAUAUGAUGCUUCCAGCGUGGAUAAGCAUUGAGCCGCCUGUACUGCCUGUGGGAGUACAGUUGGUGCAGAUCGUGAACAGUCCCUGUGAUCGGAGGCUCUGGGCGCUCGAUAACAGAGGAGCUGUGUUCGUUCGCAGCGGCCUCAGCGACGAGAUGCCCGUGGGCACCGCCUGGGACCACGUGCCAGGUCUUCAGGUGGCUCAGAUCCUGCUCGGUCUGGACUCGGUCUGGGUUCGUUGUGUAAAUGGAGAUGUGUCUCGGAGAGUCGGGGUCUCAGAGAAGAACUGUGCAGGAGACUAUUGGAGACGCAGCCCCGGGACCUGCUCCUGUCUGACAGUAACCCCGGGAGACGAGCUCUGGGCCGUGACGCCAAAUGGACUUUUAUCUCGCCGUUUAACUAAGCUCCUCCCACAUUGCCCUGCCCCCUCUGCCAAUAGAGGCCACGCCCCCUCUGUGACAUCACUGAGUGCAGAGGACGCCGAUGACGAAUGGGAGCUCAUCUGACACAUGGACAGCCAAUAGGAAUGCCCGAACACUUCUCAGAGUGUAAAUGACCAAUAGGAGCAAAGCAACAACUAACAUGGACCAAUAGGAGCUCAGUUUUCUCUUAUGAAACGUCUAAUAUAAAUAUUUCUCAGAAAUGAAACAAAAAUUGCAGAGUUUAAACUAACAUUUAAAAUGUCGCCAAAAGGGAAACAACCAAUAGGAACUCUUCUAACCUCUGACCGCCAGGAGCAAAACCUCAUGGGAAAUGUAGUUUGGGCUCAGCUUCUGUUUUAAAGGGAAACUCUCAAAUUUAGUGACAAAAUAUCAUUUAACAUUUAACUGAAAGAAAUGUGUUACUGAAUCUAAAAUGGAUGCCAGAAUCUCAGGAGCAAAGCCUCAUGAGAAAUGGAGUUCCUCUGUAGUUUAUGAAGUCACACCUUGAUAGAAAUCUGUUUCUGAAGUGGACUGGGAAAUGUAGUCUCUCUGACCUGAACGGAGAGUCGGAUUUAAACAUGUAAAGUGUUUGGGAGAAAAAGGGUGAAACUCUGAACAUUAUAAAUGAACUUUUACUGUGAUUGUGUUUAAAGGAGCGGUUUGUGUUUAAAGGAGCUGUUUGUGUCCUGCCUCUCACUGUUUCAGAAAUACCAGAAUCACCACUGAACCUGGGUUUCCAGUGUCUAAACCUGCAGAUAGUUUAAAAAAAUUUGAUUUGAAACAUGACAGUCAUGUGAGGCUCAUUCUGCUUUCUGAAUGGAUAAUAGUCUUGAACCAAAACACCAAAUUAUAACAUAAAUGGGACUUUAAAUGUUUUUGUAAUUGUUAUCAGUGAAAGAUAUAUUUUACAUGUUUACCUCAUAUCUGGGAACAAGUUUAUGAAAUUUAAAGUUUCUUUAAAGGGACAUGAGCUGGAGCAUGGGCUGAUGGGUAAUGUAGUCUGUGGAAGCACUUUACUGAAGAAUCGUCAAACUGCACUUAACUGUUUUAACUGUAGGUGUUGCUCUGCUGUUUUACAUUUGUAACAUUAUGAUUAAUUUAAUUUAAAUGUUUAUUUGAAUGUUUACACUUAGUUUUGUUGCCACUUUUGUCUGCGUCAAAUGUAAAAAUCUUUGCUGAAGUUUGUUAAAGGAAUCAAAAGUUUAAAA